AACGCGGCAACACCACCCACACGCUAAGCUCCCUUCCUGGAACUAUAUAAAGACGGAGAGUGAAGAGAAGUGAAGGGUGUGGAAUCUUCUGAUCUCUGAAUCUGAAGAACUUGUUUUAAUAGAGAACGGAAAGCAAGUCUGCAAUUCCCUGUCGAAGCUGCCAUUUUCGAGACCUCGUGAGCUCUUUCUUUUGCUUCUUCCAUCCACGUCCAUUCAGGUUAUAUCUUUUCUCUUCCACUUGCUUUAUUUUUACUGAUCUUCUAUUUUCCCCAGAAAAAAAUCUGCACAAGAUUUGCUAUUUUCUUUUCUUAGCUACACCUUACUAUCGUAGAUCUGACAAAGCUUGAGCCUUUGAUAUUUUUAAUACUUUAAUUUUUGAAAAAAAAGUCGCAAAACCUUUAACUAUUCGCGGUUGGACUUGAAACUUGAUCGGUUUGUGAAAGUCUUUGUUUAUUUUAUUCAGUUUUUUUUUUUUUUAUGAAGUAAACGACAUAAUUAUUUUGUUUUUUGAAGUCUAAAGGCCAACUGUUUGUUCUCUCUCUCAUCUGUUCAUCGUAGUCACUCCCCAUUUCAUUGCCAUACAUAAAACAUGCAAUUUCGUUUAUAUAUAGUGAUUUCAUCUUCAUUAUUUCAUUUCACUCCUUACUUCAAAUUAUGUUUCUGCUCCGCUUCUUUCUUUCUUUGUUUUUUUUUUUGGGUUGGUUUGAAUUUUGAAAAGCUUGAGGGGUUAAUUCUUUCAUUCUCGAACAAAUUCCUAACUGUGCAGAGUAAAAUAAAAUUUAAUAUAGUUGGUAAAAAAUAUUUGUACACCUUUAUUAUGGAAAUGAAAAAUUAUUAAUUAACAAAUGAGCAUUGACAGGACUCCCUGUAACAAAUGAGCAUUGAUAGGACUCCCUAUAUGAAAUAAAAUGUAACAGGAUAUGAUUUUAUUUCUUACUAAAAUCCAUGUCUCCAUCAAAUAUGAGAUGUUUAUUAAUGAUCUAAAAUAAUUAAUUCUAACUAUAUAUCUUCAAUCUAAAUUUACAAUACUCUGUUUGGAUUUAGGAUUUAUCCCUUCACGGGUGGAUAAAUUAGCUAACAAAAACAAUAUCAUUAUCUUGAGAAGGUAAAGUCAACAAACCAAGGUCUAGUUCAGGUUGAAGCAGAAAUUGCUAACCAUGAUUGCAGCAAUUGGUUCGGUGCUGUUGGCUGCAGCAAUUGCUUCAGUGCUGUUGGCUGUAGCAAUUUUUAGAGCUAUUAGAACAUCUCCUCGUUGUAAAGAUGAUGUUGAUUCUACUUCCACGGCUUCUUCUUCUCAUGUUGACACUACUCUUCCUGCAACCAAGUACGAUGUAUUUCUUAGCUUUAGAGGGGAAGACACUCGUGACAUUUUCACUAGUCAUCUUCGUGAAGCACUUCGCAAGGCAAACAUCCGAACUUUUAUGGAUGACAAGCUCCCCAAAGGAGAUAAUAUCUCACCAAUUCUUUUGAGAACAAUUGAGGAAUCAGAGAUCUCUGUGAUUAUAUUCUCUGAAAAUUAUGCUUCUUCGACAUGGUGUAUGGAUGAACUCAUUCACAUCAUGGAAUGCAACCAUAGAAAUGGAAGGAUUGUCAUUCCUAUUUUCUAUAAUGUAGAUCCAGCAAAUAUUCGUAAACAAAAUGGGAGUUUUGGAGAUGGAUUUGCUGAGUUGGAGCAAAGGUUCAAACGCAACAAAGAAAAAGUGACAAAGUGGAGAAAUGCUUUGGUCCAAUCAACAAGUCUCUCUGGAUGGGAUUCCAAGAGUGUUAGGCCUGAAUCUGAACUUGUUAAAAAGAUUGUUGAAGACGUUUUGAGAAAAUUGAAUCGGAAGUCAUUCGUGCAUGUUAAAGGAUUAGUUGGGAUCGAUCAUCAGAUAAGGAAAAUUGUAGGGCUACUACGUGAGUUUCGCCUUGUGGGAAUAUGGGGCAUGGGUGGUAUUGGCAAGACCACUCUUGCCAAAGCUGUGUUUGACAAUUUGAAAGCACAAUUUGAAGCUUUCUGUUUUGUUGAAAAUGUUAGAGAAAAACUAGUAGGAAAAGGAUUGGAUGAAUUGCAGGGACAAUGCCUUAAAGAAUUACUGAAAGAUGAGGAUAUCAACAUUUACAAUAUGAAAUCAGACUUUGUGAAAAGUAGGCUCCAGCAGAAAAAAAUUCUUCUGAUCCUUGAUGAUGUGGACAAGUUCAUCGCAGUUGAAGAUUUGAUCAGAGUAUGUGAAUGGUUUGGGGAAGGAAGUAGAAUUAUGAUCACAUCGAGAGAUGAGCAUGUGCUUAGGAAUGCUCGUGCAACAACAUACUCGGUUUCAAAAUUGGAUUCCAAGGAUGCCCUUGAUCUCUUUAGUUUGAAAGCUUUCAAGCAAAAGGAUGAGCCAUCUAAAUGCCAUAUGAGGUUAGCAAAUUGUGCAGUGGAUUAUUGUGCAGGAAAUCCCUUAGCCCUCACAGUGUUGGGUUGUUAUUUUCAUGGUAGAGGAAAACAAGAAUGGGAAAGUGCAUUGGAUAAACUAAAUCAAACUCCUCACAAUGACAUUGUUAAUGUACUGAAAUUGAGUUUUGAUGGACUUGAUGAUGAGGAACAGAAAGAAGUGUUUCUUGAUAUAGCAUUUUUAAUCAAGAAACAACAUGAUUGUUCUUUGAACCUAAUAAGACAAAUCCAUGGCUCUUCUACAGAUAUUGAUACAAGUGUUCUUAGAGAGAGAUCCCUCAUUUCAUUUGAUGAAAAUGGCAAUGUUCAGAUGCAUGAUCUUGUGAGGGAAAUGGGCCUUCAAAUUGCAAGGCAACGGUCAUUCUCUGAUCCUAAACAUCUUGUUCGACUCUGGAGGCCCAAGGACAUUGAUGAUUAUUUUUUUAUGAGUAACAAGGGGCCGGAGGCAAUUCGAUGCUUGUCGGUGGAUAUGAGCAAGAUAAAAGAAAGGACAUCGAGGUCUAUUAAAUUUCAAAAGAUGUAUAAUUUAAUAUACCUGAAGGUUUACGAGUCUGAUCCGUGGAAGCCUUUAGUGUUUAAUAUUGGGAAAGACGUGGAUUAUCUUUCAGAGGAACUAAGGUUUCUUAAUUGGAAAGGAUGUCCUCUAUCAUAUGUGCCAUUAAAAUCAAGUUCACAGAAUCUUGUUGAAUUUCGAAUGCGUGAUAGUCAUAUUCAACAACUUUGGAAAGGAGAUAUGGAUUUUCCAAAUUUAAAGUACAUCGAUGUAAGCGAGUCGAGAUAUCUCAAGGCACUCCCAGAUCUGUCUCAGGCUCCAAAUCUUAAAGAGUUAGAAGCUAGUGGUUGUAUAAGUUUGGAUCAAAUCCAUUCUUCAACUGUCAUGCCCGAGCUUUUUAAUUUAGGUCUAGAGGAGAGUAGGAGAAAGCAGAUAAAGAUGGGUGGCACUAUGAAAGGGAGAAGUGUGGUGGUGGUGUAUGUGUUCAAUUAUUUGGAUCUUCACGAGUUGGCAUUCAAUAAAGUGAGGAUGAAGAUGUUGGCAUGUGAGGAGGGUAGGAUUUUGUGUGGUUUUGGAUAUAAGCACGUGCACAUGCCAUUGGAGAAUAGGGAAAUGGCAGAGCUAAAAAUGGGGGCACAGAGGUUGGCGUGUUUACUUCCAUUUGUUAGGAGAGUUGAAUGGUCAAAGGGUCCAAUUGAGUUUGGGGAUUUCAACCAUCAUUAUACCUCUCACUUCUCUUUUCAGAAAAUGUCAAUCGUUGAUGGUUCAAAAAGUUCAAAACUAGAAUUGACGGUAAGGAGACGUAGUGGAGAAAGCGAAGACGAGUGGUGGCCUGACUCAUUAGUAAAUGUGGAGGUAAGGAGACGUGGUGGAGAAAGCAAAGAUGGGGGGCCAUGGGGAAGAGAGGUGGGUAAUGAUGAUAAUGAUAAGGGAGUUGAGCAAGAGGAAGUGUUGAUGCCACAAACAAAUAACACUGAUGAUGAUAUGCCACUAUUCAAACUUCCCAAUGCCAUUACUCGUUGGUCACUAUUGACAGAAUUGAUGUUAAAGGAGAGUGAAGUUAUUGGCAAAGCAGGAGACAGCAGCAUUCCUCAAGUUUCAAUUUUGAGAUCACUUGCGCACUCUCACUCUCAUAAGACGACUCCGCCUCUCAUGGAUCUAUCACUCCCUCUUGACAUUCCGCCACCCGCUGAUUUUCUUUGUCGUCGUGAUUUAAGCUUCUUUUAUUCCUUGCCCUGGGAUGAAGAAUGUGAGAGUGAAGAAUUUGAGAGUGAAGAAUUUGAGAGUGAUCACUGGAGCUGUUUUUUACAUUACUGGGCUAAGUAUUUUACUUUUUCUCUUUUCUAUUAAAUUAAAUAGUAUCAUUUUCACUGCAAUUUUAUUGCAAGGUGGUGUUCACUUUAAUCAACACUUGAAUAUUUUUGGGAGUCGGCUUUCCUCCAUUGAGGGAAGAAGAGGUCGAGGUAAA